AUGGACGAAAAAAAGGACCACCACGGCCACGACACCCCGACCGAGGCCGCCGCGGUCGACAGCUCGGGGGCCUCGGACGGCCCGCCGAACGAGUCCCACGAACCAACAACAACCAGCAAGAAGGCGACCGUGGCCGUGGUGACGGGCGACUCGGAGCGGGAGCUGCACGGGGUGCGCUGGUUCCUGGUGUGCGCCGCCAUCUUCUCGGCCAACAUGCUGUUCGGGCUCGACACCACCAUCGUCGCCGACAUCCAGGGCGCCAUCUCCGAGUCCUACGGCGACGUCACGCGCCUCGGCUGGCUCGGAGUCGGCUUCACGCUGGGCUCGACCGUGGGCAGUCUGCCGCUGGGCAAGGCGUUUGGCAUCUUCGAUGCCAAGUGGGUGUUUAUUUCGUGCUUGGUCAAUUUUGCCGCCGCGAGUGCCCUGUGCGGCGCCGCGCCGAGUAUGAAUGCCAUGAUUGUGGGCAGGGUGUGGGCGGGCGUCGGGGGGGCGGGCAUGUACCUUGGCACGCUCAACCUCUCCACCCUUCUCAGCUCGCCGAAGGAGCAGCCGUUCUACGUCGCAUUGACCGGGUUCGUGUACGGGAGCGGGUGUGUCCUGGGCCCCAUCGUCGGGGGCGCCUUCGCGGACAGCGCUGCGACCUGGCGUUGGGCUUUCUACCUCAACCUCUGCAUCUUCGCGGCGGGGGCGCCGGUGUACAUCUUCCUCCUACCCUCGCUCCCGCGGCGGGCCAACCCCUCCUUCAUCAGCAACAUGAAGACGAUGGACUGGCUCGGCACGCUCCUGACGGCCGGGCUCUACUCGGCCUUCACGAUCGCCUUCUCCUUCGGCGGCGUGCUCUGGGAGUACAGCGACGGGCGCACCAUCACGAUGAUCGUCGUGUGGGUCGCCUGCACCGUCGCCUUCGUCGUCACGCAGAAGUACUCGGUCCUGACCAACCCCAUCGACCGCCUCUUCCCGGGCGAGUUCCUCCGCGACCCGCAGCUCAUCCUCCUCUACAUCAUCAUGUCGUGCGGCGGCGCCUCCCUCUUCGUCUCCAUCUACUACAUCCCGCUGUUCUUCCUCUUCGUGUACGGCGACUCGGGCGUCGAGGCCGCCGUCCGCCUACUCCCCUUCAUCUGCUUCUACGUGGCCACCAUCCUGACCUGCGGCGCGAUCAUGAGCCGCACGGGGUACCACGUGGUGUGGUUCGUCGCCUCGGGCCUCUGCCUGACGGCGGGCGCGGCCUGCAUGUACACGGUGCAGGCGUCGACGCCCCUCUCCCACAUCCAGGGCUUCGGCGUGCUGCUGGGGCUGGGCAUGGCCACCUCCCAGGCCGGCUACGCCGUCGGCAACCUGCUCGUGCGCCCCUCCCGCGCCUCCGAGCUCAUCGAGUUCCUCAACGUCAGCCAGGCGUCCAGCCAGCUCAUCGGCCUGGCCAUCGCCAGCGCCAUCUUCCAGACCCAGGCCCUGGGCGGCAUGACCGACGUGCUCGCCCCGCUGGGGUUCAACCGCGACGAGAUCCAGGCCGCCGUCGCGGGCGCCCGCAGCGAGGUCUUGCAGCAGGUCAGCCCCGAGGUGCGUGAGCGGUGCCUCGACAUUAUUGUCCAUGCCAUCUCGCAGUGUUGGCUGUUGGUCGUGGCUGCUGGGUCGCUGUACACGCUCUGCUCGCUGUUCUUGACGCGGUCGAGGUGGAUUGUUCGGAAGAGGGACGAGGAUGAGGAUGAUGUGGUGGUGGUGGUGGCGGAUAACAGCACGGGUGAGAGUCGCGAGGGUUUGGAGCGGGCUUAA